UUCUCCCUUAUAUAACUCAAUACAUAGACAAAGACAAAUUCACAAUUCACUUCCAUCAUCAUCAAAUGGAGAUAUUAUCUCAAUUGUGGUCAUUCUUGGGUCUUCUCACUGUCCUCCAAAACAUUUUACCUUCACAACUUCUUUCUCUUCUCAACUCCUUCUAUGAAUCUCUCCAAGAUCUCUUUACUCCCUACUCCUACUUUGAGAUCCCCGAGUUCAAUGGCUACUGUGGUGUCGACGUCAAUGAUCUCUACCGCCACGUCAACCUCUACCUCAACUCCCUCAACUCAGCUUCUCAGUGUCGCCGCCUCACUCUUUCUCGCUCUAAAUCCUCCAAAAACAUUUCUUUCACCGUUGCGCCCAAUCACACUGUUCAUGACUCUUUCAAUGGCCAUACUCUCUCCUGGACUCACCAUGUCGACACUGUCCAAGACUCCUUAGAAGAAAAACGUAGCUUCACUCUCAAACUACCAAAGCGACAUCGCCAAACCCUUUUAUCUCCCUAUCUUCAUCACGUUACUUCACGUGCUGAAGACUUUGAGCGUGUCUCUCGUGAGAGAAGACUCUUUACUAACAAUGGCCAUGCCUCCUACGAGUCAGGGUGGGUUUCUGUUCCAUUUCGUCACCCUUCUACUUUCCAAACCUUAGCACUUGAACCUGAACUCAAGAAGCAGAUAAUGGACGAUUUAACCGCGUUUUCUAAUGGAAAAGAGUUUUACCACAGAGUUGGACGCCCUUGGAAACGUGGUUAUUUGCUUUAUGGGGUGCCAGGAUCCGGAAAAUCAAGUUUAAUUGCUGCCAUGGCUAACUACCUUUGCUAUGACGUAUAUGAUCUUGAGCUCACCAAAGUUACAGACAAUUCAGAGCUGAGAGCAUUGCUUAUACAAACUACAAACCGUUCAAUCAUUGUAAUCGAAGAUAUAGACUGCUCGGUUGAUCUAACAGCGGACAGAAUGUCGAAGAAAAGAUCACAUUCACACCCGUCAAAAAAGCACACGGAGUCGCGAUAUGACGAUGGAGAAAAGAAUGGAAGGGUUACACUUUCAGGGUUGUUAAAUUUCACUGAUGGUCUAUGGUCAUGCUGUGGAGAAGAGAAGAUAAUAGUAUUCACCACAAAUCAUAGAGAGAAUGUGGAUCCGGCGCUAGUUAGAUGGGGGAGAAUGGACAUGCAUGUAAGCCUUGGGACAUGCGGGGUGCAUGCGUUCAAGGUGCUAGCCAAGAACUAUCUUGGAGUGGAUUGUCAUGGAUUGUUUGAUGUGGUGGAGAGUUUCAUAAGGUCGGGUGGAGCCCUGACACCAGCUCAGAUUGGGGAGAUUUUAUUGAGAAACAGAGGUGAUGUUGACAUGGCAAUGAAGGAGGUAGUAACAGCAAUGCAAACUAAGAUUUUAGGAGGAGGUGGGACUCAGCGAGAGGUCAUAGAUUGUGAUGAUAUGAUGGUAGUAAGAUCUCCAGAGAGUGUGUUGGUAGUAGGAUCGCCGGAGAAUUGGGAUUCGUCGCCAGGAAAGAAUGGAGGGAAGAAGAGGUCAAACUCAAAAGUUAAUUUCUUAGUAAGGUUAAGAUCUUUGACCAAAUCCGAUUCUGGCAGGAGGGGUGUAUGA